AUGGCCUACUAUGCUCCUGGGACGAUCAUCCCAUCAAAGUUGCACCUCAUUCAGGCAAAAUCGGCACAAUCUGGCAUAUUUCGGUUUCUUGAUCUUCCUGGUGAGAUCAGAAAUAAGAUCUAUGACUUAGUGUUCGAAGAAUGUGUGGUUGGUGUGAGAAUGAGCAAUGAACCACAGUUUCAUGACGAGCUUAUUGACCGGCCAUUCGUGCACUAUCAAAGACAAUCUUACAAUCAAUACGACAAGAAGCGCCGGCCAGGUGCUCCACAACGAGCGGAGCGGCAGCGAGGCAACAAGACCAUCCAACCCAGCUCGAAAGCCGAUACAAAGCCACAGAAGCAAGCCACCGUGGCCAUACAAGAACAAUCCUGUGCAGUGUCGCAGAAGUCAUCUAAUCCUCAGCAGCGACGUCGCCAACACUACAAAAAAGGUCCUUCACGUAUAUCCCACGACGUUUUGUCCCUGACACCCAGUGGAGGUGGGAAUCUAGCUCACUACGACAUUCCAUUCAAUCUCUUAUUCAGUAGCCGUCAGAUCUACAACGAAGCUCUUUGCGUGAUGUACGCGAAAACAUUCUUCCGCAUCAACUCAACAAAGGCCCUCAACCGAUUCCUCUUGAUCACACCUCUCAGAGCGCUUCAAGCAAUACGAGGACUUGGAAUAUCUCACAGGACUCAAGGAGAGCCCAAACUUACGGAGCACCGAAAGUUCAAGAUAAUUGACGAUAAGAAAUGGUCAACGACAUGCAAGCAAAUCAGUGAGAAGAUGACAGAUCUUAAGACGUUACGGCUAGAUCUUGAGCUCCACGACUGGCCUUGUCAUCUAACACUAGAUGAGGAGUGGGCUCAGCCAAUCCUUUCGCUGCGUCAGAAUGGGCUCGAGCGAGUUGACGCUACUCUAUCCCAUACAGCUUUCAUUCAAGAAAGAUUGAACGCGGCCGCACGAAACUUGGAGGUAGCUAUGUUGAGCAACGAAGGGCGAAUGGCCAAGUUCGCGCAGGAGAAGAAGCUUCUGGAGGCCAGAAAGAAGAAGAUGGAGUCGAAGCCACGAAGAGUGCUUGUCAUCAAGAUGGACAACAUUUCAAGCACACCAAAGGUGCAAAAGGCAUGA